CUUUCACUUCCUGUGUUUGCGAUAAAAUGGACGUGAGCAUGGCUGAAGAACCGUGGAAUAAAGUAAACAUUCCCUUUCCAAGUGCGGUUUCAACUGUCCAUAUACCAUUCGGUCUCUCAACAGCUUUUUUCGUGUGUGUGUGUGUGUGUGUGUGCGCGCGCUGUUCAUUGUAUCUAGGUACAUACGUAAAACGUGUCCUGGAGGAAAAUAACAAAGUGCUCAAGUUGCUUGGCAGUGGAGUCCUGCAGACUGAGAUCCUUGUCCUGUACGAGCUUCUCUACGUUCUACAUAACAGCCUCAGGCAAAACAAGACUUUCAGGGUUCUCAAACAGGUUGAGCAAUGCAUAAACCGGUUGAAGGAAAUGAAGCUGGAUGCUGCUCUUCUGGACCUGAAGGAGCUAUGUCCAAAGAAAGUGCAAAGCAAGUUAGCUAUGGAGACGGGUCAGUGUGAUGUCCCCAGUCAGCCCAUACUGGAAUGGCUUUGUCUCAAGGUGUUGGGAGCCGCCAGACUGAUGACAUGUCUGCUCAAUCACUGCACCAGAGCCUUCAUGUAUCCUUCUCUCUCUCUUUCUCUCAUCUGGGAGAUGUCAGCUGCUAUCUCUGUCUCCUUGCUUUUUUUUUAAACCUAUUUUUUUUGCCUAAGUGUCCUUUUGUUUUUUUGAAAGGUGCUCUAAAUCCAAUGUAUGAUUAUUACUAUAUAAAUUACUGUUGCUGGCGUUCCAGGUCAUCUUUUUUUGCAGUUGCAUAUUGUUAGGUCUCUCAACGCCUGGAGAAGUGUUUAACUUGUCAGGAACCACAGUAAUACCUACUCAGCCAUCAACAUGUCUUAAGGCAUCUUGAGACAUAUCCAGAGAUGACUUAAGACCAAUAUAAAUGAAGACGUCUCGAGACAAAAGUGAUGACGGGACUAGCAAGGCAGGACCUCCAAUCAAAGCAAUUCAUUACGUUGAACGUGGUGCUCACCAGCAUGCUUAGUCGGCUGUGGGUGUUUUUCCGGGGCAUCCUGGGUAGGCUGGCCCCUCUCUACCAGCACCUCCUGGAGCUCCUGAAGGAGGUGUCCCAGGCUCAGGCUAUGGCCUUCCUCAUAGACUUCACCCUGCCUGCAGGGAUGGCAGAGUUCCUCGGGCCCUCUGACUCUUCCUUGUUGAAGAUGGAGCAUUCCCGGGCUCCUAAGGGCCUUGGAGAGAUAGGAGCAUCCAGGUCCUCUGUGCUCAACAGACUGUUCAGAGAGGAGGGAGAGGGGAGUAGGAAGCAGGCUCUGGGUGGUCCCUCCAAUAGGAAGAGCAGCAAAGUGGAUCUGGGAACUGGAGUCUUACUCCGGAGAACUGGUGAUACAGGUGCCGUCUCUGGAUUUGAUAUGAAGCAGUUGCUGAAACGAACCCAUGGCGGUAUCACAGAGGUGUCAACAGAACAAGAGCAGCCUUCAUUACUGGAUGCUGCUGUGAUUGGUCAGAAGAGGAAGUUUCUGAAGCAACUGAAAACAGCCACCACUUUCAGCAACAUGGCCGCCCACCUGGAGGAAGUGAUGCGAUGGUGUGAAUGCAGGAAGAUGCGUCAGGAGAAGGGGCGUCUGACGUUCCUGAACCUGAAGUGCCAGAGGAUGAAACGCCUGGAAUCAGAGGGCUGCAGUGUACAAGGGAAACUAACGCGCUACAAACGGGAGGUUUGCUGGGCCCUGUCACUCAGAGGGGCGGUACCCAGGACCUGUCAGUCGCUGAAGACACUGUGGAGGAGGGCUCACCCUAGAAUUUGCUUUCAGCCAUUCAGGACUGCAUUUGAACCAAUCACAAGUGCAUUCUGUGUCAACAGAAAACGGUCACUAAGACACAAGAGAAACAGGAGUAUUUUACCUGGCACACCGGGGGAUGUGGCCACGAUGACUGCUGACCAGUCCCUUAGCAAUGAGCUUAGCAACCAAAGUAGAGACACUCCAGCUCAGAAACCCUUGGAUCUGAACGAGACUAACAUUGAUGACAUUUUUGCCUUCAUAGGUUUCUAAGACUCCAAAACCCUGGCCUAUGGGAUAAAAGGGGUUCUUAGCUUUCAUGAUUUAAGCAAAGAAAUCCACACAAGGCUUUCUUGGUUGCAUGUGUUUCAUCUCUGACAUCAAGUUACAAUUUUUUCACUGAUGUUUCUAGACCUACAUCAGUCACUUGCCUGAAGUUUUUCUUAAAGUAGCCUAUGAUUAAAAUGUUUUAGAAACGUGGUAUUAAACCUAUGCAAACCCUUAGU